AAAGUGAAGCAAAAGAGGAAUCAGUAAAAGCUGAGAGGAAUGAACUAUCAAAAGAAAAAUAUUAACAGGAAAAUCAGGAAGCAAUGAAACCACAGAAGUAAAAGGAAAUUUUUAACAGAGAUGGGAAUAGUUAAUAUCAAAUGCUUCAGAAUAAAGUACUUUAAUUUUUUUAUGGUUCUGGGGAUUGAGCCCAGAGCCUUGUGCAUGAGGCAAGCACUCUACCAAAUGAGCUGUAUCCCCAGCCCUGUACUUUGCUUUUUUGGGUGGGGGGGUAAUGAAGAUUGGGUUCAGGGACACUCAGCCAUUGAGCCACAUCCCUGGCCCUAUUUUGUAUUUUAUUUAAAGACAGGUCUCACUGAGUUGCUUAGCGCCUUGCCAUUGCUGAGGCUGGCUUUGAACUUGUGAUCCUUCUGCCUCAGCCUCCUGAGCUGCUGGGAUUACAGGCUCAUGCCAUCGUGCCUGGCUCUAACCUUUGUUUUUGAUUAUCAAUUUAAAACACAUAAAUUUUAAUGUGUUUGAAGAGUGAGUUAAAUGUUGAAAAUGACUUAGUAGCUUUACUGAUAUGGGAGAGAUUUAGAAAGAUGACCAAGGAAAUGAGGGCUGAGAAGGGAUUUACCUAUUAGAAGACCUUUGGCUACAGAUAUUCAGAAUCCUUCUUAACAAUGUUUUAGGCAAGUAGGGGUGUUUUUCUCAAAUGACAAAUGUGGAGGUGGUCAGCAUUGAUCCACAGAUAAGAUAAUUGAAUGAUUUACAUUUCAAGGGAUUUCCAUCCUGGUUGCAUGAUGGCAUCCAUAGCUUCAGGUAAAAUGUCUGCAUUCAAAUCAGGAAGAAAGGGUUUGAGAAGGACCAGCAACAUCUGUGCCUUUUAUCAGAAAAGAUUUCCCAGAAGCUCUUUAGCACACACCUGCUUGCAUCUUAUGGGCCACAACUGUUACAUGACCACUCCUAGCAGCAAGGGAGGCUAAAAAAAGGAGAGCCUAGCCCUUUCAGCCUUUGUAGUAGAGGUAGGCCAAUUAAGGGGUUAGGGCUGAUUUAGCCAUCCAUCUACCAGGGAGCGUUUGCAUGAUAUAAGAUAGGAUGAUUAUGUUUACAACUGAAAAGAGGCAUGAGAGAGUCAGGAGACAGCAAUGAGUAGAUGUACAGCUCAGACGAGGAAAAUAAGAUUUGGCACACAGAGGCUUUAGGAAUACUUUCAACAAGAGGAGGGAAAUUUUCUAAUAAGAGUGGUUGGAAUAAAUAAAUCGUGGGUCCAGAAAAUGUGGGCAAUAGUGGAGUAAGUGCCUAUAAUCUCUCAUUGUUUAGCUCCUAAGCAGUCCAGAGUCUCUGGGCAAUCACUACUCAGGGUUAAAAUCUUACUGACUUCAACUCAUUGCCAUACAAAGCUUCAGCACCUUCAUUACUUUCUCUCCCCCUUGUUUUAUGCCUUCCUUUUGAACCUUUAUUUUUCUUCUGUCUUCGUCAUUUUAAUUUCUUUUCUACCCAUCCCUUCUCUGCCCCCCUUCUUCUUAAUUCAUUUCUUUCUCUUGAGAUCAGGUGGAAUACAAACAUAUGAAGGGAAAGGAGUAGAAUGGAUAUAAGAAAGAGUAAUUACUGAAAAUCUAAGUUUUGGGGGAUACAAUUAGUUCAGUGUUAAAUUCCUUCUUUGCCUGUUCAGACUCUCCACCAUGCGACCAGUGCACUGGUUUCAUUAAUGAGGUUCUCGGCAUAAAAGUUAGCUAGCAGAGAUCGAAAUAAAACACACAGACUCAGUUACCUUUUUCUAUGACCAGGUCCGAGACGGCUCCCCUCUCUGGCUCCAACCUUGAACCACCCGUAGGGCAGCAAGGAUUACUCAGGGCUAGCAGGAGAGAGAGAGGGCGAGCACGCCAGGGAGUAGCCUUUUAUUGGGGAACAAGAAAUUCAGGGGAGAAUUCCAUCCAAUGAAGGUUGAGGGGGGGCCGCACUCCAAGGUCAGGGUCAGUGAUUGGGCCCCCGGGGUCAGUGGUCAGUCACACCCCCACAAGGAAGGGUUCUCUCAUCAGGAGAGGGCCGGGAAAGCUCCGACACAGAUUAGUCAGAGCGCCUCAGACCCAAACCGGGAGUCGCCCAGUCACGUGUGAGAAUGGCUCUCCACAAGACUCCAUGAGUUUAUAUAUGAGUAUAGUCAAGGAGCCCCAGAAUCAGCAGGAUGAGUCAAGGGGUGUGUUUAAGCAGGAAAUGGGGAAGAAUAGUGGAGAAGCUCAUGGCCAGUGAUUUGCUCCAUCCUCCUCAUUCCUCUGUGCUUGAAAUGAGAGAAAGGAGGAUAUUUAUUUGUAAAACACCUGGAUAGAAUAUUCAAAGUGUAAGGGUCUGAGUGAGAAUACCUUGGUUAUAGCGUCCUCUUGUUAAACCCAGUCUUACUUUGGUCUCAAUUCUCAAGUAGAAUUGUAACUUCUAUAAUAUUUGAGGACUUUUUGUGUGUGCCACUUGAAAUGCAGUAUAGCCAGACUCUGUGACAACUGAGAACCAUCAUUAGCCAAGGAUUUGUAGGUGCGCUCUCUCUGUGCCCUUCCCCUUGUCACUACUACCACCACCAUAUGGGCUCCCAUUGCUGUGUUUUUUCCAUUAUCUCAGUUACCUUGGCUUCCUUUACUUAAAAUUAAAUUCAUGUGACCCAGAAUCAUCAGGUCUCCUAUCUGACCCUUGUAUCUCUCUUAAUUCUAAAAUUUCAUGAAAGAAACCUAAUUGGUCCAGAUCAUCCUUUUAAGACAGGCUCUGUCUUAAAAGUCACUUUUUUGGCCAAGUAUCUGUCCCUUUUCCAAUCAGCUGGUGGGGUGGAGGCUACCAUAUGGUCACUGUAGAUGUUGUCAGGCCUAUGAGCAACAGACAGAUAGCCAUGACCAAUAUGCCUUUAGAUAUUUACUAAGUACCUUCUCAGUAGUUUCUGGGGAUCGAGAGCCCUAAAGGAAUUCAUGGCAGGAGAGUCAGUAAAAGAGAAUUUGGAUGUAUUGAAUGACUUCUAAAGAGCAAGAAACGCAGGGUCCUCUGCAACUACACAGAAUGGGGUGAUUAGUUAUAUUUUAUCUGUAACUGAGCUCAAAAGACAAAUUGGGCCAUUUACACACUUAAAUAGGUUAGCAAUCUGGGUUCUGUAACACAGGUGGAGCAGCAGACUAUGGUGCCAGUACCCCUCUUGUAGAUAAUGCAUAAACAGCCCCCUAAACUUGGAUGAUUAUGGAGACUGCAUUGGGCUUCUAAACACACACAUACACACACACACACACACACACACACACACCAGAUCUGGAUGAGUGCUUAGGAUAUAGUUGAGGUGGGUUACUUUCUUGUGUAUAUACACAUUUGGCAUAAGUUAGUUCAUGCCUGCAGUCCACACACUUGAUUGCUUUUGCACUGUACAUUUGAACAAGUAUGAUAAGAUACUGCUCCUACUCAUAGUGUGUAAGUCAGCUCCUAUCAAUUCUAGGAUGAAAGACCCCUAGUCCCUACUGCAAAGUAGCUCCUAGCACAGGGUACCAUUGGAGUGAGCCAGUUGGUGCAAAGAAGACAAGGGAAAUGGGAAGUUGGGGCGGGGGGGAGUGUGUGUGAAUAAAGGAGUAACUACAAGAAGGCUAAUACAGUGUAUAUUUAGGGCGUUAAGUAGAAGGAAGUUAUAGGAAGUGAAGCUAAAGGAAGCUUUUACUACAUCCUUACUGCAGGGGUCUUGUAACAGGGUUUAGCAAACAAACGUAGGAACUAGCCAUUAUCCUGAGGAAGGGUAUUUAGAGUUGAUAAAGGUGUUGGUGGAAUAAAAUCAUCAAUAAAACCCCAAAUAGAAUGCUAUGGUGUCACAUAAAGUCAUUGACGUUGCUCCCUAAAAGGUGGCCAACAAUUCCUUAAGUGGCAAAUCUCAAGUGACAUUCUUGCCUUUUAAAUUUUAUUUUACCAACAACAAAGUUAAAACCCUCUAAUCUUUCCUUCCUGAGCUCCAUGAAAGUCAUGUAUUCAAAUGCAACUAAAUAUCUCCAGUGGAAUAUCCUUACACAUCACUGCAUCCUCAAUACAAAUAAACACCAACUUCUAAACAUUAUCCACUUGUUUAAGAAUAAGACUCAUUGGGAUCCAAGUUCCCUUCCCCUCCCUCAGCCCUGUUUGAUAAGUUAUCAAGACGUAAGUCUAUUCUGUCUUGGGCAUUUAUCAGUACCGUUCUGGGUUCCCUCAGUCACCAGCCGGGUUCAAGCUGCCAUCAGCUCUGUUCUGAGUCGCAGUCUGCCCUGCUCUAAGGGCCUUCACCCCAAUGUCCCUGUGCUCGCACUAAAAGAAAUUUCCUCCCACUGAAGAAAUUAUCGUGACGUCUCGGAAUCCACGCCCUGGUCGACUGCAGGGCCAGAUGGGUAAUACCCAGUGCUUCUUCGGGGCAAAGGGCGCAAUCCCGCCAGCUUUUCGAGUCUUUUUGGCACCGUUCUCCAAGAACGUGCCAUUUGGCUCUCCUACUGUCUCCGGAGACCUUAACCGAUCCGCUCUUGUCACCACAUCAGGCGCCGCUCCGCUGGACUCUCCCUCAUCGCUGAUCAACUGUUCCUGGUGUAUAGUUUCCUGGGCUUUAUUUCAAGGUAGAGGCCCACGCCGAAUCUGCACAGAACGGAACAGAAUCCGUGCACAGCGGUUAUGCGUGGAGGUUUAGUUGAAUAAGGCGAACGAGGAUGCACCCGCGAGGCUCCUGGGAAACGUAGUUCAGCAUCCCAAACCGCUAGUCCCGGGCGCUGGAGCGCAGAUCAUUGUCCGCGCAGGCGCACGCCAUCAUUUUCUCCGCCAAUUCUCCUGGGAAGUGGAGUCCGGCAGCCCUAGCUCAGCCGACCUAAGGCUUGUGGGAAUUCGGCUCCGCGGUUCCCAGGGCAACGCGCAAGCGCAGUGCAGAUCCAGGCUGCAGACUCCUGCUCAUUGUGUUCUGAAUGCGAUGUGGUGGUUGCGGUUUCUCGCCACCAGCGGAGGCUUCUGCAAGGGCAACCCAGCGGCGACCAGGUUUCUAGACAUUUCUACUCUUAGGAAUCCUGCAGUUGCAAAGCUGCCCACUUGCCUCCUCAGCACUUUGCCUAUCCCUAAGAGGGCUCAUCAAAGAAGGAAUGGCUGUCAGUUACCUGCCCACCAUAGUCCAGGACUCGGUGACCUUCAAAGAUGUGGCUGUGCUUUUCACCCAGGAGGAAUGGGGGCAACUAAGCCAUGCCCAGCGAGCCCUGUACAAGGAUGUGAUGCUGGAAAACUACAGCAACUUAGUCUCAUUAGGACUGUUAGGACCCAAACCAGAUAUAUUUUCUCAACUGGGAAAAGGGGAAGAAUGGAUCCCAGAGGACACCUCAGGAGACUUCUCUCUUGACUGGAUGACAAUGCCUAUGAGUAAGAAAACUACUCUCAAGGCAGAUAUUUCUAAAGAAGAAUUAGGUCAGUGGACAAUAAAGGAAAGAUUCACCAGAGAAAGUCACUGGAAAUAUGCUAACCUGUUGGAAUGGCAGUGUCAGGAAGGUCAGGAGAUCAGCUUGCAGCAAGUGGUCCUCACUCAACAGAACUCCCCAUCUGGGUUUAGUGAACAGGAAUGCAGUGAAUCUGGGAAGGGCAGCACCCUGAGCUCCUCUCUUGUUCAAGACCAGGAAUUUCAGCCAAGUAAAAAAGUCUUUGAAUGUAGUAAGUGUGGGAAAGUCUUCUCUAAGAGUUCUACCCUUAACAAGCAUCAGAAACUUCAUAGUGAAAAGCUCAACACAAGUCAGAAAAUGCAUAUUAAAGAGAAAAGAUAUGAAUGCAGAGAAUGUGGGAAAGCCUUUCACCAGAGUACACACCUCAUCCAUCACCAAAGAAUUCACACUGGUGAGAAACCAUAUGAAUGUAAAGAAUGUGGCAAGGCCUUCUCAGUGAGCUCCUCACUUACUUACCAUCAGAAAAUCCAUACUGGAGAGAAACCUUUUGAAUGCAAUUUAUGUGGAAAAGCUUUUAUCCGAAACAUACAUCUUUCCCACCAUCACAGAAUACAUACUGGAGAGAAACCUUUCAAAUGUGACAUUUGUGAAAAAGCCUUUGUGUGCAGGGCACAUCUUACCAAACACCAGAAUAUUCAUAGUGGUGAGAAACCCUAUAAGUGUAACGAAUGUGGGAAAGCCUUCAAUCAGAGUACAAGUUUUCUUCAGCAUCAGAGAAUUCACACUGGAGAGAAACCCUUUGAAUGUAAUGAAUGUGGAAAGGCCUUUAGGGUGAAUUCUUCCCUUACAGAACAUCAAAGAAUUCACACUGGAGAGAAACCUUAUAAAUGUAGUGAAUGUGGGAAAGCUUUCAGAGAUAAUUCGUCUUUUGCACGACAUCGGAAAAUUCAUACUGGAGAGAAACCUUACAGAUGUGGCUUGUGUGAGAAAGCCUUCAGGGACCAGUCAGCCUUAGCCCAACAUCAGAGAAUUCACACCGGGGAAAAACCUUACAUGUGUAACAUAUGUGAGAAAGCCUUCAGUGACCACUCUGCUCUUACCCAACAUAAGAGAAUUCACACAAGAGAAAAACCUUACAAAUGUAAAGUCUGUGGGAAAGCCUUUAUCCGAAGCACUCACCUUACUCAACAUCAGAGGAUUCACACAGGAGAGAAACCCUACAAAUGUAAUAAAUGUGGGAAGGCUUUCAACCAAACAGCAAAUCUCAUUCAACAUCAGAGACAUCAUAUUGGAGAUAAGUGACAUGAAUUAAGUUUAUAUGGAAGAGUUUUGAGACUCAGUAAAUUAACUAUUGAAUAUAAGAUAAUCCAUUCUAGAGAAUAAGUAUGAAAACUUAAAUCAGGAUAGUCAUUGUAUUUCUCGAGAGUCAAGCGUCACAAUAUCAUGGGUUUUGAGACUAUAAUAUUGCAAACACCCUUCCACUCUUUAGUACUGGCCUCAAAUUAAUAGCAGUUUGGGGUUUUUUUGUUGUUGUUGUUGUUUUUGGUACUGGGGAUUGAACUCAGGGACACUUGACCGCUGAGCCACAUCCCCAGCCCUAUUUUGUAUUUUAUUUAGAGACAGGGUCUCACUGGGUUGCUUAUUAUCUGGCUUUUACUGAGUUUGUCUUUGAACUCGCUAUUCUCCUUCCUCAGCCUCCUGAGCUGCUGGGAUCACAGGCAUGGGCCACCAAGCCUAGCAACAGAAGUAUUUUUUACUAACCUGAAUUAUCAAGAACCAGAACCAAAAUAGAGAUUUGUUAACAACAUAAAAAUAGAUUAUCAAAUUUAUAGUUUGUUAAAAGAUUAUGAAGUUAUAAAAAUUAAGGUCCAGAAUUAAAAGAACAAAAUAGUGACCCAUAGAAAGUGACCCAUAAGCAUUUCAUUCUACUGGAGUAUUCUGUAUAAGAGAGUUGCCACCUCUAAUGGAGCUCUUUUUUUCUCUCCUUGCCCAUACUCCUGACAGCCAGUAUAAAUAAAGUGAAGUCAUCCAUUCA